AUAGUUCGAAAGUGACCGUGUAUUUCAUAGAAUAUAAGAUAUAUAUUAUUCUAUAUUCAAAGGUGUAUUUACUAGUUUUUUGUGUAACCUAAAAAAUAUCAGACAGUUUAAUGGCUGGUGUAAAUAGAGAUUUUCCUAGAAAAAAAAAUUACAGUUCUAGCCACAUUCGUCGGAAGAGGCCAGCACUCAAACUCUCAAAAGCAGAAAAUGUGAUUUAUGUGAAUUCAAAAUCACAUCUGAAGGCCUUUUUCUCAAUCUGUGAGAAAUUGAUCGACAAAAAAAAUUUCGAAGAAAUACUAUUAUAUUGUAUGGGUACAUCCAUAUCUAAAGGUAUAUGUUUGGCACUUGAACUCUGCGAAAAAUAUCCAUCUUAUCAAUAUCAAACCAGAACAUUUACUUCUGCAGUAACAGAUGAUUUAGAACCUACAACAGAUGAUGCAGACCAUGAAUUACAGAAGAGAAAUAAAUCUGCAAUUGAAAUAAGAAUAUUCAAACCUAAAGAAGUAGCCUAAAGGAAAUGUUUUUCACAACAAAAGAAAUUGUCCGCUGGCUUGGACUUACAGUUUUUGAAAUAUGGGUGAACUUGAUAGCAUUCUUACUGUUCACAAUUCUAUUAGCUCUAAAUUAUAAUCCAGACAUGGAGUUGUAUAAUCAUAAUUGGUGGCUGAUUUUUUCUCCUCUUUUUGUUGGCGAUGCUCUGAACACUUAUUUUUGUAUCAUUUUAUUCAUCAGAAUGAUACUUGAAUUAUCUGUCAGGUAUUCAAUGCUAAGGUUGACUUGGUCUGCCACUUUUCUGUUAACAACAUUUUUAUUUAAAUAUUUAUUGUGUAAGAAACUUUUAGGACAACUCAGUUUGGAUUAUUCUGAAGUAUUUGCCCCACUCUACAUUUUAUUACAACUUAUUGCUGUGAGGGCUUGUCAACAGGAGGGAUGAUUCAAGAUAUAUUUUUAUUACGAAAUGUACAUAUUAUGUAUUAUUUUAAUAGAAAUUUUGAGAUUUUAUUUAAAAAUUAAAUUAAUUGAAAAAAAUUA